AUGAAGCUCCUUGGACUCAUCACCCUCGCUCUCGUGGCCCCUCUCGUGUCGGCCAUCUGGCCCAUCCCUUCCGAGUACGACCACGGAAGCACGACCCUCUGGAUCGACAAUGACGUGAAGAUCGCCUACAAUGUCAAUACCAUCUUCGAGCAGAACUUUGUCCCGUGGAAGUUCAAUGAGCGCAACUCUGACUUCGAGCCGCCGACUGCGGACAAGAAGUGCAUCACCUCGAUUACUCUUCAGCAGACCAAGCCUGACUCUACCGGUAUUGCCACUCCUGAAGACACUACCGUCGAUGAGUCCUACACUCUCACUGUUCCGGAGGCUGGUGAUGUCACUAUCAUUGCUGCCUCAUCGAUCGGACUUGUUCAUGGCUUGACCACCUUCUCUCAACUGUUUUUCAAGCACACCGAGGGUGGUGCCUACACGAAUCUCGCGCCGGUGAACAUCAAGGAUGCCCCCAAGUUUGCUCACCGUGGCUUCAACAUGGAUGUUUCCAGGAGCUACUACCCUGUUGCUGACAUCAAACGCGUGAUGGACGCCAUGGCUUUUACCAAGUUCAACCGCUUCCAUCUGCACAUUACUGAUGCGCAGUCCUGGCCUUUGGUCAUUCCCGCUCUGCCCGAACUGUCUGCCAAGGGCGCUUUCUCUCCGGACAUGGUGUACACGCCUGCGGAUCUCAAGGACAUCCAAUAUUACGGAACUCUUCUGGGCAUUGAGACCAUUCUCGAGAUCGACAUGCCUGGACACACCUCUUCAGUUGCGUUUUCGCAGCCGGAGCUCAUCGCGGCCUUCAACAUUCAGCCUGACUGGAGCACGUACUGCGCUGAGCCGCCGUGCGGAACUUUCAAGCUCAACGACACUAGGGUAUACGAUUUCUUGAACACGGUGCUGGACGACCUGUUGCCUCGCGUCAAGCCGUACUCUGCCUACUUCCACACCGGAGGUGAUGAGGUUAACGUCCAGGCCUACUUGCACGACGACACUGUCAAGUCCAAUGAUACCGCUGUCCUGAAGCCUCUGAUGCAGAAGUUCGUCGACCGCAACCACGACCAAGUCCGCAACGCAGGCCUUACUCCUAUCGUGUGGGAGGAGAUGCUUUUGACGUGGAACCUGACCCUUGGCAAGGAUGUUCUGGUCCAGACCUGGCAGUCCGAUGAAGCUGUAGCGCAGACUGUCGCUAGCGGCCACAAGGCACUUGUGGGCAACUACAACUACUGGUACCUCGACUGUGGCAAGGGUCAAUGGUUGGACUUCAGCCCCGAGACUGCCCAGACCUACUAUCCAUUCAACGACUACUGCAACCCGCGCAAGAACUGGCGUCUGAUGUACUCCUAUGAUCCGUAUGGCGGCGUCCCCAAGGAUCUCCAGCACCUCGUGGUCGGGGGCGAGUGCCAUCUCUGGAUGGAGCAGACCGAUUCCGUCAACCUCGACUCUAUGCUCUGGCCCCGCGCUGCGGCUGCCGCCGAAGUUCUUUGGAGUGGUCCCAAGGAUGCUCAGGGCAACAACCGUAGCCAGAUUGAGGCCAGCCCCAGGCUGAGCGAUUUCAGGGAGCGUCUGGUGGCUCGUGGUGUCAAGGCCGAGCCCAUUCAGAUGCCUUUCUGCACCAUGAACGGCACUCAAUGCUCUCUAAUUUCAAUGUCUCAUGACCAAAAGAGCCACUAUGACAAACUUUUACUUUGCACAUUGGGCGCUGGUAUUGCUUACAGGCCUGAAUUACGGCCAUUGGAGACUCCAUGUGCCGCCAUCAUGUUGGAGCAGCUCUUCGAUCGAGUAUACUUGCUAAGCCUUGUCGCGUUCCUGAUUGUCCUCUACGCUUCUCGACAACUCGCCAGCGGCAUUAAUGCCUCACGCAGGAUCCGGGCUCUCGGCGGCCACGCGCCGGUCCGCAUCAGUUACGUGCCUUUUGGCCUUGACCUGGUCUAUCAAAUAGUCAAAUCUCAGAACGAAAAUAGGAGCCUUCAGUUCUGGCGUGAGCUGUUCUCCCACUGGGGCAAUCCUUUAAAUCCCUAUACAAUCGAAACUGGCCGCGGUGGACUUCGUGCCGUCAUCACUGCCGACCCAGAAAAUAUCAAAGCAAUUCUGGCAACACAGUUUGCAGAUUACGGCAAAGGAGAGCAGUUCAACAGGGACUGGCAUGAUUUUCUGGGAGACAGCAUCUUCACGACUGAUGGCGACAAGUGGCAUCAUUCAAGGCAACUGAUUCGGCCCCAAUUCAUCAGAGACAGACUCAGCGAUUUAAAGGUUUUCGAAAGCCAUAUCCCAGUGCUGCGAAAACACCUUUACGGGAACGGGGAGACUGUUGAUGUGAAAAGCUUGUUCUUCCGAUAUACCUUAGAUGUAGCCACCGAUUUCUUGCUUGGCCAUAGUGUAAACAGUCUGGAAUAUCCUCAGGCUAGGUUUGCUGAGGCGUUCGCUCGAGCUCAACACACACAAAGUCUUCGCUCUGGAGCCGGUCCGAUGUCAUGGAUCCUUCCCGAGAGAGGUUUCCACAAAGAUAUUCGGACUAUCAACGAGUUCAUCCAUCCUUUCAUCGAGGAGACCCUAGCAUUGUCGCCAGAAGAAUUGGAGAAGAAGACGAAAAAUGAUGAAGGUUACACUUUCUUGCAUGCCCUCGCCGGUGACACACGGGACAGGAGUAUGCUCCGUGAUCAGCUUGUUGCUGUUCUGCUUGCGGGUAGGGACACAACGGCGUGCACGUUAUCCUGGUUGUUCUAUGAACUUUCAACUCACCCUGAAAUCCUGCGCAAGCUUCGCAAAGAAAUCACCGAGAUAGUUGGGGAGGACAAUAAACCUACCUAUGAGCACCUCAAGUCACUGAAGUAUCUCCAACACACUCUCAACGAAACCCUGCGUCUCUACCCCGUCGUCCCGUUCAACGUCCGGUUCGCCCUCCACGACACAACGCUACCUCGUGGUGGCGGCCCUGACGGCAACGCGCCCAUCGGUGUCCUCAAAGAUACGUCAGUAGCCUACUCGACGCUUAUCAUGCAGAGACGUGAAGACAUCUUCCCGCCAACCUCGGUCGGCUUCCCGCCCGUCGAGGAGUUCGUACCGGAGCGUUGGGAUGAUUGGACACCUAAGCCUUGGACCUAUAUCCCUUUCAACGGGGGACCGAGGCUCUGCGUUGGCCAACAAUUCGCGCUUACUGAGAUGGCGUAUACGGUUGUAAGAUUGUUGCAGCAGUUUGAGAGGAUCGAGUGUAGGAUGGACGGACAUCCUGGCUUGAAGAGUGACAUCGUGCUGCAGCCCGCGAAUGAUAUCCAUGUGGCACUGUGGUCAGUUGCGCAGGGAGGUAAAUGA